AUGCGCAACCUCGUUGGGGUCACACUGUUGGACGAGCUCCCCGAUCUGCGCUUCGACGCCAGCGACGAUAGCUCCAGCUCGCUGCACGCGUACUUCAAGGGCUCGUGGGGGCUGCUCUUCUCGCAUCCGGACGACUUCACGCCCAUCUGCACCACGGAACUGGGCGAGCUGCUCGCCCUGUCAUGCAACGACGUGGCCAGCCACAAGCGCUGGAUCGUCGACAUCGAGAAGUACGCGGGGGCUAAAGUGAACUUCCCCAUCGUGGCGGACCCCAGCCGCCCCAUCGCAGCGCAGCUCGGCAUGCUGUCCCAAGACGAUCUGGACAAACAGGGGAUGCCUCUCACUGUUCGGACUCUGUUUGUGCUGGACCCGCGGGUGCGAGUGCGGCUGAUGUUGACGUAUCCGGCCAGUACAAGGCGCAACUUCAUGGAGGUGCUGAGGGUGCUGGACUCGCUGCAGCUCACGGAUGAGAAGAGCCUGGCGACGCCGGUGAAUUGGAAGCAAGGCGAACGGGUCUGUAUUAACCCACAGGUUUCUACAGAGGAGGCGGCUGAGAAGUUUGCGGACAUGCAAGUGGAGGAGCUGCCUUCGAACUAA